CAUUACAUUUCAGAAACUCGAAUGUGGCAGAGGGAACUCCCGCUGAGAAUCUAUGGCGCCUUUUUCUUUUUCUUUUUUUGAAAAACAUGAACCCGCAGAGCCUUCUCCGACAGCCGCCGACAAACCGGAAGCUAACCACCGGUUGUCCGAUCAUCGACGGCUAUCUUUGCGGCGGAGUUCCUUCCAAUUCUAUUACGGAGAUUGUGGCGGAGAGCGGCUGCGGGAAGACACAGCUCUGCCUUCAGCUCUCUCUCUCUUCCCAGCUUCCCAUGUCUCAUGGUGGACUCAGCGGUUCCUCCCUCUAUCUCCAUUCCGAAUUUCCAUUCCCUUUUCGUCGCCUCCAUCAGCUUUCACGUUCAUUUCAUCUGUCGAACCCUGCCAUUUAUGCCGACCAUAACGAUAAUCCGUGCGAUCAUGUGUUCGUGCAGAGUGUCCAUUCCGCAGACCACCUGCUCGACAUAAUGCCGAGGAUAGAGGUUUUAGCGGAAAACCCGAAAACCCGGUUCCCGUUGAAGCUAAUUGUGCUGGAUUCAGUGGCAGCCUUGUUCAGAUCGGAAUUUGACAACACGCCUUCCGAUCUUAAGAAGAGAGCUUCUCUGUUUUUCAAGAUAUCAGGGAAACUGAAGCAGUUGGCUCAUAGGUUUGAUUUGGUGGUGGUUAUGACGAAUCAGGUGGUUGAUUUUGUGGAAUCUUCAGAAGGGAUAAAUGGGUUGAGGGUUGGGAAUGUGAGGGCUUUGUAUUCGUCGGGAAGGCGGGUCGUCCCUGCAUUGGGACUGGCUUGGGCCAACUGUGUGAACUCAAGACUGUUUCUGUCACGUGAUGAGAUUGUCUGGAACGACAACAGAGGAACAGAUGGGAACAGUGAUGGAUUGAUCAGCACCAGCAGGUUAUUUCCCUCUCCUCGAGUCCUCGGUCUCUUCCGUGCUUAUCACCCAGGUGUAUCACAGUUCUUACAUCAAGGUUUUGGAUUAGUAGUUUUUCGUUCCGGAAUCAGUUCCUUUAAGGGUAUAAUACUGCCAUAGUUGUGACAUGUAAAUCCCACAAUAAGCUUCUUCUCUAAUGGUGGUAGAUCACUCAUUCUGGUGAAGUUUUGGGGGGUUCUCUCAAUGGUAAAGAAUUUAUCACAGUCGUAGCGUAGCCGUAGAGUUAAACGCAUACCAUGAAGUCAAAGGGGUGCAAUAAGUAAUCAUAAAUUACAUUCUUUAUGAUUCACGCAUCUGUGUCUGCAUUGCACACUUUUGUUGUUUUGUUUUGACUUUGGGGCAAAUUCAAAUGGGUUUAGAUUAGAUGGAAACCUUACCUUGUCUGAAUCAAAAAUCAUUCAUUGCCUUAAUUUUUUUUUUUAGUUCUUGUCUAUUUUAUG